AUUGGUGUGGCUCCAGGCGUCUGUGGAGGCCGGAGCCAUGAAGUUUAGGGAGAUUUUAUUCCUGGUUUAACUGAGGGAGUGUAGAAUCGCAGUUGCUGGCAUGUCGGACUUGAUGUAGAGGGAUACAAGGGUUAAAUCACUGAAGGGACUCCCGCGCAGAAAAUGCUGCGCUUUCCCACAGAGCGCAGUUGUAGCGUGUCUGGUCCGUCAAGAGUUACUGUAGUAAGGUAGCUUGAGCUGAGACACGUGUCUUUUAGCUAAAAGGAGUCAUAGGUCGGGUGCCUUUUCGUGGGUAGGACGUCCCAGAGGUCUUUCUCUGCCUCCCAACAGGUGUUCCCUGAGAUGUGGUCAGUGUUGCAUCCCUCACUUUGGGUCCAGUGCAGGGGAGGGCACAGCAGGAACCGAUUCUUCUCCCAAACUGCCUGCAUCAGUCACACCUCAGAGAAAAUCUGAGGUCUGCGAUGUUUCUGUUUUAAGACCCUCCCGUAUCUUAGUCAGUGGCUUUUGAUGGAGAUAGGAUGGCUUUUGAUGGAUCAGAUAGGAUCCAGCUCCUAUCUGAUUUAUUCCCAUGAGUAAAUGAUGAGGCACUUGACACAGGAGUCCUGUACAGUGCAUGAAUGCCUCAAAACCCGUAUCUCUGAAUAUGUGUGCGUGAUGUUAACAUUGGUUCAUCUUCAGCAGCCUGCCUUUUCUCUUGCUCCUCUUGUUUCCCAGUUGGUGGAAAAACAAUUUGUCAGAUCCUUUGGCCACAUUUGAAAGGCAAACUCCCUUUGCAAUGUAAAGAACAAUAAUAAAGAGAAAACCCUUUGUAGCUGUUCUUCGAAAAGUUUCAGUGUGGCAUGUACUUCAUAACACCACUUCCUCCACCCUCAACCCAAGUAACCACAUUUUUAGUUUGUCUUUUAUGUUUAAAGAGUAGCUUCUCUUUAGAAGGAUGUUGAGGCAGAGAAAUGUCCUGUAAUAGUUGUAUCAGCUGCAUAUACCCUGCAGGGCAGUGAUGCUUAGGGGUGUUGGCUGCAGUCCCUCACAAGGUCCUGCCUGUGUCAGGAGGAAAUCUGGGUUUGUUCCAUUCCUCCACGUGUGCUCAUAUCCUUGGGACAGGUGCUGAGUGUGCAGUCUGUGUUCUUCAGUAGAUACCUUGGACUGAGUCAAUGGGGAAGCCAGGACUGUCAGGAUUAUUUGCCUUUCAGUGUAAAUAGCGUUAUUUAACAUAACCCAGAGAAGAGAAGAAGCCUGUCUGAACCAUUUUUGAGCUUCCAUGAAUCUUUCCACCAUGAAACAGCUGCCUGGAGAGACAAUUAGACUCCUUUCAAGUUCUCAGGUGAUUACUUCAGUUGUCAGUGUGGUGAAGGAGCUGAUAGAAAAUUCCUUGGAUGCCAGUGCUACAGGCAUUGAUAUUAAACUGGAGAAUUACGGGUUUAGCAAAAUAGAGGUAAGAGACAAUGGCAGUGGAAUCAAGGUUGAUGAUGUUCCAGUUAUGGCAAUUAAACACUACACCUCAAAAAUCAGCUCUUCUGAGGACCUUGAAAGGCUGACAACGUAUGGUUUCCGUGGGGAAGCUUUAGGAUCGAUUUGCAGCAUAUCAGAGGUUUUGGUCACAACAAAGACAGCUGCAGAUGAUUUCAGCAUUCAGUAUGCUUUGGAUAGCAACGGGCAUGUAACCUCUAAAAAGCCUUCCCAUCUUGGGCAAGGUACCACAGUAACAGUCCUAAAUUUGUUUAAGAAUCUUCCUGUAAGAAAGCAGUUUUACUCAACAAGUAGAAAAUGUAAGGAAGAACUGAAAAAAGUCCAAGAUCUACUGACAGCAUAUGGUAUUAUAAAACCAGACCUGAGGAUAACAUUAACGCAUAACAAGGCAGUUAUUUGGCAGAAGACCAGGGUAUCAGAUCACAAAAUGGCCUGUAUGUCAGUUCUGGGAACAGCCGUUAUGAGCAGUAUGGUACCUUUUCAACACUGCUGCGAAUAUCCUGAGAUAAAUCUUUCUGGAUUUCUCCCAAAAGCUGAGUCAGACAAUUCUUUGACAAGCCUUUCAAGUUCAGAAAGGAGUUUCAUUUUUAUAAAUAAUCGUCCAGUUCUUCAGAAGGAAAUACUGAAGUUAAUUCGACAGUACUACAGCCAGGUGACACAAAAGGACAGUACUCGUUUAUAUCCUGUUUUCUUUUUGAGUAUUACUGUACCUGCCUCUGCUGUGGAUGUGAAUAUAACACCUGAUAAAACACAAGUUUUGCUGCAUUAUAAGGAAUCCGUCUUACUUGCAGUUGAAAAUGUGUUGAAAUCACUGUAUGGGCCACUACCUGCUGCAGUCCCUGGUGAAAGUAAUAAAACAGAUGUUACCUCAGAAGACAUGUUUGUUCAUAGAACAGACCAAACAGAUGUGGCUGUUAAUGAAAUGGGACCAUCUGGAAAUGAUGAGCUACAUGCUCAUACUUCAUUCCUUUCACUCAGCAGUGAUGUGCAAAACUGUCAAGCAGGAAAAAACGCAGAGAUCUGCUUAAAUCAUCAGACAUUUAGUGGUGAUAAUGUACACAGUUGCCUGGACAAAAGAGAGGUUUCUAAGAGUGAUGCCUUUCCAGACAGUUCCUUAAAUUUAUUGCGUGAGGAGGAACAGAAUGGACAAAAUAUGGCUGAUAUUCAAAGUGAUAGUGUUCCUGUGGACCCUGAGUCUAAAAAAGCCAACAAGCAACUUUUGAUUUCUGAUAAUAUUGACAAAAUAGAUAAAAAUGAGGAAGCCUUAGUCCCUAAGGACCUACCUGAAAUCUCUGCUGAUAGUUGGAGUAUGGGAAGUGCAUUUAAAGACUGUCUGGGAGACAAGCUGGAACCUGUUAAGAUCUUGAUUCCUGAAGUUGGAGGGACAACUAAUGAGCGAAGGGAAUAUACUGGUGAAAAAAGCUAUGAUCCACAAAGCUCUAAUCAAAGCAUAAAGAAAAAAAAUUUGAUAAGUGAAAAAUUUGGACGUGUGACAGCUUAUGACUUAAUUAAUAGCAGAAUAAUAAAGAAACCAAAGUCUGCAUUUGAAUUUUUCACACAUGAAUGCCGUCCAAAAUUGAUAAAUGAUAAUCCAAAGACCAGCAUGAAUGACAUCCUGCUGACAAUUGAAGAGCAGUGGAAGAAUUUGAAUGAAGAGGAAAAACAGAAUUAUGAAAUGAAAGCCACUAAGGACCAGGAACGGUACAACAGAGAGGUCAAAAAAGCCAAUGCACAGCCAAUGCACCGACCAGCAAAGGAGGCAGAAAAACACAAAUCCAAGCUAAAGAAUGCUGCAUCUGACCAGCAGAAGCUUGACAAGAUAUUUCAUGACCAGAUUGGAAAGAAGGGGAAAAUGGAACAGCCUGUGAAAAUUGUGACAGUGCCUUUUUCUCUGAGUUUGUGUAGACGUCACCUUCAGAGACAAGAGAGAAAUGUUUCAGAUGAACACGAGCUUUUCCUGAUCCGUCGUCAGAGUUUUCCUGAUGUCUGGAUAUUUGCUACUGAAAAAAAUGUAAAGUUGCUGAAUCCAUAUAGAUUGGAAGAGGCCCUGCUAUGUAAGAGAUUAUUGGUGAACCAUAAGCUUCCAGCACAGAAACUGGACAAUCCAAUUGUGUUAACAGACAGUCUUAUUGGUGGAUCUCAGUAUAUGGCUGCUCUUUAUAAAAUGCAGAAGAACCAGAGUUUCCAUGGAUCAGGUUAUUUGUCAGAUCCAAGGCUUGUGGCAAAUGGAUUCCAGAUAAAAGUGAUAGAAGGUGUUAUGGCUGCAGAAAGUCAUCUGGAAAUAGAAGGGAUGGCAAAUUGUCUGCCAUAUUACGGAAUUUCUGAUUUGAAAGAAAUUCUGAAUGCAGUUGUUAACAGAAAUGCAAAGGAAGUAUAUGAAUGUAGGCCUCUCAAAGUGAUAAAUUACUUGGAGGGAGAAGCAGUACGUUUAGCUCGGCAGCUGCCCUUACAUUUGUCAAAAGAAGAUGUGCAAAACACAAUUUACAGGAUGAAGCAACAGCUUGGAAGGGAAAAUAAAGGCUGUGUUCAUGGUCGUCCUUUUUUUCAUCACUUAACAGAUAUUCCAGAAGUUGACAAGCACAACUCCAUGGAAAUUAUUCAGUAAAUGGAACAUUUUGUUUGGGGUCAUACUUCUCUUGCUUAAUUUUGAUCACUACUCUGUAAUUUCAGUAUGUUUUGUGCAAAGCUUUUGUAAAAUGACUUUUCAUUGUUACAUGUUCACCUCUUAAGUACUUUAUUUAAAUAAAAAUGCUACUUGAAAACUGGAAAUAAAUGCUGUAGAGAAACAACUCACCAAUAUAUUUUUAAAAAGAAUUUAUUAAAGAAAUGUUCUCAA